UGCCCACGUUCAACACACUCCACCAUGUUUGGUACCAAGAUUCUUCAAGCCCUCGAAGUGCAGGAAGCGCGCCGGCUCGAGCAGAAGCCGCGCAAGUACGUUCGAGCCCCCACGCCGUCUCCGUUCCCCUCGACGGGUCUCCGCACCCCACUGACAACAACAACAACCAAAGCGCCGUUGACGCUGGCACCCUUGACGCACCGCCGACUUGCGCCUCGAAGCGGACAUCACCAAAGUACCAGCUUGGACACUCAAGCCAAGCUGUAG